AUGAGUGACGAAACAAACACUAGUACUGUUCGUGAAUCGGGUGAUCAUGCCGGCUUGAAUCGAUUGCAACUCGAAGCUAUACAGCAGACCUUGGCACAACAAAUCGAACGACUUGCCGAACGAUUUGAGGAUAGGUUUGCACAGCUAGAGAUUGGUAGAGCCGCCCCACCACAAGCUCAACGUCAUAGACAAAGAGAUGAGCAAUACGUGGAAGAAGUAGAAAUCAAUUCUGAUGAGGAUCCCAUUCCCGCGCCAAGACAACGACGACAUGCAAGACAAGCAAGGGAUCGUUUGGAUGAUGACCUUGGUAACAUCCGCAUGGAGAUUCCUUCUUUCAAUGGAAUGAAUGAUGCUGAAGCUUAUCUUGAAUGGGAACGAAAGGUGGAGAUGGUGUUUGAAUGCCAUCAAUACUCCGAAAGAAAGAAGGUAAAGCUUGCAUCGGCUAAAUUCGAAAAUUAUGCACUAAUAUGGUGGGAUCAGAUGGUUGAGACUAGGAGGCGCAUGGAGGAACUUCCAAUCAACACAUGGGAAGCUAUGAAGCAAGUGAUGAGGCGACGUUUUGUGCCUUCAUACUACCAUCGAGAAGUUUGUCGGAAACUGCGACAAUUGACACAAGGGAGUCGUAGCGUCGAAGAAUACUAUAAGGAGAUGGAGAUACUAAAGAUUCGUGCUCAUAUUGACGAGGGUCAAGAAGCUGCCACAGAACGGUUUCUUGGGGGAUUGAACCAAGAAAUUCAAAACCGUGUUGAAACACAUCACUACGAGGGGUUGGAAGAUCUCUUGCAUCUUUCCAUCAAAGUCGAGCGGCAACUCAAGGAGAAGGGUAAAAUACCGCAACGAUCCGAUUCGACAUCAUACUCUCAGUCAAAUCAUUGGAAGCAAGAGAAGCCGAAUACUACUUCCAAAUCCGAGCCCAAAUCGGAAUCGCUAAAACCCAAGGCACAAGGUACUGGCAAUACCUCUCAAACACGUAACCGUGAUAUCACAUGCUUUCGAUGUCUGGGCAGGGGUCAUUAUGCUAGAGAUUGCGCAAACAAACGCGUGAUGGUUAUGCGAAAUGGGGAGUAUGAAACUGAAUCCGAAAGUGGAGAUGGACAAGAGAAUAGUCAUGAGUUUUCUUCGGACUCAGAUGACUAUGAGGAGCAGCCCGCUCCUAGAGGUGAUCUGUUGGUUGCAAGGCGUGCCUUGAAUUUGCAAACCAAAGUGGAGGCUAUCGAGCAACGAGAGAAUAUCUUUUACACUCGCGGGUUUAUUCAGGAGAAGCUUUGUAGUGUGAUAAUUGAUGGAGGAAGCUGUACCAAUGUAGCAAGUGAGUCGAUGGUUACAAAAUUGGGAUUGCUUACCACUCGGCAUCCUAAGCCAUACAAGCUCCAAUGGUUGAACGAUAGCGGAGAAACAAAGGUACAUCGGCAAGUGAAGGUACCUUUCUCUAUUGGUGACUAUGAUGAUGAAGUGUUAUGCGACGUAGUACCCAUGCAAGCAGGGCAUUUGCUACUUGGGCGUCCAUGGCAGUUUGAUAGACGGGAUUACGAGGAUGUCUUUCCGGAAGAGAUCCCGAAUGGUCUACCACCCUUGCGAGGAAUUGAGCACCAGAUUGACUUCGUACCCGGUGCUAGCCUUCCAAACAAACCAGCGUACCGUACUAACCCAGAUGAAACAAAGGAGCUUCAACGACAACAUGUUAAACAUUUACGUUGUGUUCUUGACAUACUGCGAGGCGAGAAAUUAUACGCUAACCUUAAGAAAUGCACCUUUUGCACUGAUAAGGUUGUUUUCCUAGGAUUUGUUGUCAGUUCACAGGGCAUACACGUCGAUGAGGAAAAGAUAGAAGCCAUCAAGAGUUGGCCAACUCCUAAGUCCACCAGUGAGGUUCGAAGUUUUCAUGGCUUGGCAGGAUUUUAUCGGCGUUUUGUCAAAGACUUCAGCACCAUAGCUGCCCCAUUGACGGAAGUGAUUAAAAAGGAUAACAAGUUUCGUUGGAGAGAAGCGCAAGAGAAGGCAUUCCAAACAUUAAAAGGGAAGUUGAUCGACUCUCCACUCUUGACUCUACCUAAUUUCCAGAAAACAUUUAAGAUCGAAUGUGAUGCUUCUGGUGUAGGAAUUGGUGCGGUGCUGAUGCAAGAACGGAUGCCAGUCGCAUACUUCAGUGAAAAGUUGAACGGAGCUCAAUUGAAUUAUUCGACGUGUGACAAAGAGAUGUAUGCAGUGGUGAGGGCUCUGCAAACGUGGCAACACUACUUGUGGUCGAAGGAGUUCGUGAUUCACACCGAUCAUGAAUCCAAGUACCUAAAGGGACAACACAAGUUGAGUCGAAGACACGCCAAGUGGGUAGAAUUCAUUGAAAUGUUUCCUUAUGUUAUCCGACAUAAGCAAGGUAAGGAAAACAUUGUGGCUGAUGCAUUGUCUAGACGAUACACUGGAAAAUAUUAUCGGUUUGAAGGAUAUUUAUUCCGUGAGAAUAAACUUUGUGUGCCUAACUGUUCUAUGCGAGAUUUGCUUGUUCAAGAGGCUCAUGGAGGAGGUCUCAUGGGACAUUUUGGAGUGGCCAAGACCUUGUCAACUUUGCAGGAACACUUCUAUUGGCCAAAUAUGAAGAGAGAUGUUGAACGGGUGUGUGGAAGAUGCAUGAAGUGCAAGAAGGCGAAAUCCAAGGUACAACCCAAUGGUAUGUAUACGCCUUUACCGAUUCCGAGUGCACCAUGGAUUGAUAUUUCAAUGGAUUUCAUUGUUGGGUUGCCUAGAACUAGGACAGGGAAGGAUUCUGUGUGUGUUGUGGUUGAUAGAUUUUCGAAAAUGGCACAUUUUAUCCCUUGUCAUAAAACCGAUGAUGCAUCCCAUAUUGCGGUUUUGUUCUUUCGAGAAAUUGUUCGGUUGCAUGGCAUGCCUAGGACGAUUGUUUCGGAUAGAGAUACUAAGUUCCUAAGUUACUUUUGGAAGACUCUAUGGGGAAGAUUAGGGAUUAAGCUACUCUUUUCGACGACUUGUCAUCCACAAACCGAUGGACAAACGAAAGUGGUGAAUAGGACUCUUUCUACGUUGUUGCGUGCUUUAAUUAAAAAGAACCUUAAAACGUGGGAAGACUGUCUACCGCAUGUUGAGUUUGCAUAUAAUCGAUCUGUGCAUAGUGCUACGCGUUACUCGCCUUUUGAAAUCGUUUACGGUUUUAAUCCACUAACACCAUUGGAUCUUUCGCCAUUGCCGAUGGUGUGGAUUCAUAUGCGCAAGGAAAGGUUUCCAAAUCAAAGGAAGAGCAAGCUUAUGCCGAGGGGAGAUGGACCAUUCAAAGUUCUCGAACGAAUCAACAACAAUGCCUAUAAGAUUGAACUUCCAGAUGAUAAUUCGGAUUUGAGGGAAAAUCCCUUUCAAGAGGAAGGGAAUGAUGAGGACAUCGGGAAGCACGGGAGAGACGACAAGAGAACGGGAGUAGGAGAUUCUCAAGCGGAUCAAAAGGAGCUCUUAGAACAGAAAUUGAAGAGUGACGUAUUCGAAUUUAGCGAUGGAUUGAACAUAGAUAUUGGUUAUGAGUUUGAUAAUAAGCAAGACGCACCAGAAUAUAUACGAAAGGGUUCAGUUAAGGCUUGUUUCAGCUAUGUUACACUGAAGUCUGACAAGAAGUUGUGGGAAAUAAGAUGCAAGUUUGCUGGAUCAGGUUGUAACUGGAAAUUGCGCAUCGCAUCGCUCCCGAGUUCGAAUCGUUUUAGCGUAAGAACACACAAUCCAAUUCACAGAUGCAGACCUGUUUCAGAAUCAAAAGAAGCUAUGAAGGGUUCAUCGAAUUUGGUUAGAGAUUAUUUGAAGGAAGAAUAUGCUGGGAUCCUGGAAACUCCUGCUGCCCCAGAAUUAGUACGACGAAUGAAAACCAAGUACGGGGCAACUGUUUCGUAUUUGAUGGCAUUGUGA